AUGGGCUUUGGAGAUGGUGGUUUCGGAGGUGAUGACCAGGGCCUCAGUUUUGCUGGCAUUGAGCUUCAGCAACUCCUUCCUGCUCAUCCAGCUCCUGAUGCCCUGGAGACAUGUGGUGAGGGAGGUGGGAAGAACAGUAUUGGUGGGUUGAGUGGAGAUGUAGACCUGUGUGUCAGCAGCGUAGCAGUGAAAGUGGACACCAUGGUGAAGGAGGAUUGCGCCGAGGGGAAGGAGUGGGUGAGAGAUGGUGUCAAAGGCAGCAGUAAGGUCGAGGAGGAUGAGGAUGAAUGGCACUUCAAAAAGUCCUCUGAACGUCCACAGACCCCUUAUUCCCGGCCUCCUCCACUCCACGUCACUGUGGUGGCGAUGAAGGAUGAGAGGCGGGUGGUGUCGUGGGGCUUUGACGAUGAGAGUGGGGAGGCCAAGGCUGUGCUAAUGAAAGAAAACAGGCUGGUCAUCCUCAGCGACGGGUGCAGCUUAAGUAAAGCAACCCUUUUUGAGGCGUUCGCCGGAAGGGUCAGCCUAGGCGGAGCUUAUAUUAUGCGUGGGUACUCCCUGCGCGGCGAGGGCCCACCAUUCGGCAUAAACAUUACCAAAGAGACACAGUUCUUCAGGUCUGCCCCGGUGGAGGUGAGCGAGGAGCUGCGUGCCAGCGCAGAAAAUCUUCUGUGCCUCGCCUCAACACCAACGGCCACAAAAGACAUAAAGAGUCAGCAGGGGUUCCUCACCUUACAGGGAGAGGUGGUAGAGAUCUCUGCAGUGAAAAAAGUUAAAGUUGGAAAGGACAUGGUGCCCUUGAAGAUCGUGGUGCUGGAGCAGCGGAGAUUCUGGAAGGCUGCUAACCAGCAGGGGAUCUAUGAGGCUGCUAGCCAGCCGGGAAUUAGGGAUGCUGCGAACCAGCUGGGGAUCUAA